UUCUAAGUACGAAAAUAUUGAAGAUUUCAGCAACGUGAACAAACCUACUGUUCUGUCUUGGAAACUACCACAAAUAUUAGAAUUUAGAUACGCCGAAAAUCUUUCGAUAAUACGCAUUUUGUACUGUUUUUAUAGACUUGAUAACUUUAAAAAUGACGUCGUUUAAGAAAAUAAAUACCAAAGUGUUUGCCCGAACAGGACCGGAAUUAACUGAAGAUAAUAUAUAUUGGAAAAAAUAUGCGCCUCCAGUUUUAAUAAAAGAAUUUGGUCCGAUAGACUACAUUGACUUCUCGCCAGUAGAGCCACAUUAUUUCGCAACAACCUGCUCAGUACGAGUACAACUGUAUAAUCCUAUCACAAAGUUAGCUACAAAAACUUACAGCAAGUUCAAAGAAGCUGCAUAUGGAGGUUGCUUUCGUAGAGAUGGCAAGCUGUUGUGUGUCGGUGGAGAAGAAGCAGUGAUUAAACUCUUUAAUAUCAGUUCAAAUAGCGUGUUGCGAAUCUUUUCUGGACACAAGGCUGCAGUGCACAGAGUUUUCUUCACAGCAGAUGACGUUCACGUUGCUUCAUUUUCAGACGAUAAGACUGUAGCUUUGUGGGACAUACCUAGUGAGAAACAAUUGACAAGUUUCAAUGAACAUACAGAUUAUGUCAGAGCUGGCGCAGUGAGUCCUGUAUCCUCUGAUGUGUUAUUAUCCGGCGGGUAUGACAAAAUUGUGAAUAUGUAUGAUGCCAGAACGAAUAAGAAGGUAUUUAGUGUUAAUCAUAACGCACCAGUAGAAAGUUUACUCUUCUUGCCGACUGGAGGAAUAUUUCUGUCAGCAGGUGGGACAGAUAUUAAAGUAUGGGAUGCUCUCGCGGGUGGAAAAUUGGUCGCGAAAAUUACUCAACAUCAUAAAACUGUAACUUGCCUGAAAAUUGCUUCUAAUGGUCAUAGAAUACUGUCUGGUUCGUUGGACAGGCAUGUUAAGGUUUACGAUGCUGGAACAUAUAAAACUCUUCAUGCUUUGGAUUAUCCUAAUGCGGUUCUCAGCAUAGGAAUUAGUGUAGACGAUGAAACCGUCGUAGCUGGUAUGGUAGAUGGUAUGAUUUCUGUUAGAAGACGCGAGGAAGACGUGAAAGAUGUAAUAAAACCGAAACGGAAGAAGGUGUCGUACAGGCAUGCAGGAGAAAAUCUGCAUGUACGAAGUAUUGACGUAGUCGUGCACCAAGAAGUGAAAGAGGUAAUGAGCAAGCACGAUGCCUGCUUGCGAAAGUUUCAAUAUAGUAAAGCGCUCGAUUGUGUCAUGAUGAAUUAUGUGGUUAAUAAAACGCCACAUGUCACUGUAGCGCUUACACAGGAACUUAUUAGGCGCGAAGGUUUAAGGCGAGCUUUGGCCGGUAGAGACGGCAAGUCGCUAGUAAACAUUAUUAAAUUCUUAAACAAGUACAUCGGCAGUAUACGUUUUGGAAGAGUAUUGUCGCACGUAGCAAACGUGUUGUUAGACGUUUACGAAGAUCAUUUGGACGAACUGUCGGAGGAAACACGAAAAACGUUUGCUAUACUGUCGCAAAAAUUGCAGGAGGAAGAACAGUUAAUUUUAGCUUUAACGCAAUUGCAAGGUUCAAUGCAAAUGAUAUUGUCUGGUGCUGAAACGUCUUCUUUACCUGCUAUAAAAGAAAUUCAAAGCUUGGAACCAUCAAAUGCCGCUCAAACAGAACGUGAUAUUAUUUUGAAUAUAGCUUAAAAUAAUUUAUAAAAUAUUCAAUUGUA